CACCUUCUCUGGCUCACUGCGGGCAGCCGGCCUCUUGCCUCUCCGUCCCCCGCUACCCUCAUCGAUGUGCCAAAAGCCGCUCGGCUCCAAGAAAAAAUCAAAGUCCACAAAGGCCAAGCCCGUCCUCGCGCCCGGCGCUCUCGGCGCGUGCCCAGCCCUCGACCCGUUUCCGUACCCGCACGUGCGCGCCCCUCCCGGCCUCUUUGACCGGCGUGCGCUGCUGGCGGUGCGCGAGGAGCUGGCGUCACUGCAGCGCACCUUCAAGGAGACCGACCUCUUCAAGGUGUACCAGACUGGCGACCUGGCCAACCUCGACCCGGCAGACCCGCGCCACGCCGCCGCACUCCCGCGGACGAUGGCGCUGCGUUCGGCGCUCUACUCGUCCGAAUUCCGCGCGUGGGUGCGGCAGCUCACGGGCUGCACCGAGCUGACCGACCAGACGGACUGCUCGUGCAACGUCUACGGCGGCGGCGGCCACUUGCUCUGCCACGACGACGUCAUCGGCUCGCGGUGCGUCUCGUACAUCCUCUACCUCUCGCGGCCGGACGAGGCGUGGGAGGCGGCGCACGGGGGCGCGCUGGAGCUGUACGAGAUGCAGGAGGCGGCGGAGGGGCUGCCGCAGCCAUGCGCCGCCCCCUCCGCCUCGCUCGCCCCCGAGUUUGGCUCGAUGGUGCUCUUCGCCGUCCAGCCGGGCCGCUCCUUCCACUCGGUGGGCGAGGCCGUAGCAAAGGCGAGCCGCGAGCCUCUGGUCCGGCUGCCUGCGCCGCGCAAGCCUCUGCGCGGCGCCUCGGCGGCCGAGGCGGGCGCGGCCGGCCUGUGGGAGAUGGUCAACCCGUCCUACCUGGCGGCGGACAACCUGCGGGCGAUCCGCGCGCAGCUCCUCGCGCAGGGCGUCGUCCAGCUCGCCUCCUUCCUCCGGCCAGACGUGGCUGCGCCGCUGCUCGAGGCGGCCGCCGCCGCCGACCGGGCCGACCGGCUCGGCGCGGGAGGGCCGCCGGACUACACGGCGGGGCUGCGCGGCCCGGGCGGCGGCUGGUCGGCCGUGGGCCCGCCCCACCUGCAGCGCUACCUCCGCUUCAGCGCCGAGGAAGGGGCUGCCCCGGGGGAGGAAGGGGCUGCGGCCGCGGCGGCGGACGGCGACACCGCCCGCGCCGCCGGCGAGCGGCUGAGCGAGGUGUCGUCGCUGCUGGGCUCUCCGCCCUUCCUGUGGCUGCUGCGCUGCAUCGCGGGCGGCACGCCCCGCGCUUGGCGCGCCGAGGUGCGCCGCUUCCGGCCCGGGCUCGACUACACCCUCGCGCAUGCCGGCCAGCUGCUCGGCCGGCGGAGGCUCGCCGCGCAGCCGGUGCUCGACGCGACCUUCGUGGCGGUGCCGCCCGCGCGCGCGGGGAAGGCUGCGCGCGCCGCGCGGCUCUGGGACUCUGGAGACGUGGGCGGCUUCGAGUGCGCCGUGCCGAAGGACCGGAGCAAGGCCGCCGCCGAGGUGUACCGCGCCGACGACGCGUCGGAGGGCGUCACUUCGGUGCACGCCGUCUCAAACUCGCUCGUGCUCUCGCUCCGCGCGCCGCAGACGAUGCGCUUCGUCAAGUACGUCUCGGCGGCCGCCCCGGGCUCGCGGUGGGACGUCGCGGCCGAGUACAGGCUCGAGCAGACGAGCGCCGCGCAGUCGCCGCAGCCGAAGAAGCCGAAGGCCCGCGGGGGCGCGGGCAGCGCGGCGCCGGCGGGCAGCGGCGGCAAGCGGAGACGGCGCGAGGGAGGCGCGUCGUAGACGUUCGUGAGCGAUGUGCGCGUGUGUUGGGGUGUGGUGACGCACUGUGGUGCUGCGGCACACCGCACAGCAGUGUGCUGGUGGGGCCGGUGCGCCGUCCCGGGGUGGUUGUUUUAUCGCAUCCCGUGGUGUGACAAAGAAGGAGCCAAAUAAU